CCUAAAUGUCAGCAGUUGUUUGGGUUGAGGUUUGGUUCUCGUCACCUCAUCAGUUGUGGAGCCCUGAGUGAUAGUGGAGCGGGAUAGAGAAACACUUUAUGCAUCUAUUCAUUAUCCUAAUCGCCGAGAGAAGUUAAUCAACAUGCCUGCGCCUAUGCCUGUAGGGGGCCUAACUAUGGCCUCCUUUGCACUAACCGCAGCGGUGAUUGGGAAUGCAUAUUAUCAGAAGAGACAGUUCUAUCCUUCCGUUGUCUACAUCACUAAAUCUAAUCCAAGCAUGGCGGCAAUCUAUCUACUUGCCUUCACGUUGGUCAUUCUUCUUGGAAAGUUUCUAAAGAAGGUCUUCUUUGGAUCUCUAAGGGCAGCAGAGUUCGAGCAUCUUGUCUAACGUUCCUUUUAUGCUGUUACUGAGACCUGCCUGGCAUUCACUGUAUUCCGAGAUGACUUUCCCAAGUUUGUAGACUUUACCGUGUUUGUUUCUCAAAGCCUCCAUUGGCUUGCAGACUACAGAGUUGUUAUGGAACGAUCACCAGUUAUAACAUUGCUCUUCCACAUCAGGUUACUUGUAACCCUACUCCUACUGUUGAGUCUGCUAGAUUUGGUCCUUGUCCAUGCCUAUCACUCCACUAUCACGGGGUGCACGGUCCAGCUGGUGUUUGGUUUUGAGUAUGCCAUCCUCUUAACUGUUGCUAUAAAUAUUGCAGUGAAGUAUAUUUGUCAUGCUGUUGACUUACAGUCAGAGAACCCAUGGGAGAACAAGGCCAUGUAUCUCCUCUACACUGAACUUUGCAUGGGUUUCUUCAAAGUGGUGCUGUAUGCUGUGUUUAUGGUCAUCAUGAUCAGAAUCCACACCUUCCCACUCUUCAUAAUCAGACCAAUGUACUUAACCAUGAGAUCCUUCAAAAGAGCACUGAAUGAUGUGAUUCUCUCCCGACGUGCCAUCCGGAACAUGAACACAUUAUAUCCAGAUGCUACACCAGAGGAACUGACAGCUGUUGACAAUGUUUGUAUUAUCUGCAGAGAAGAAAUGGUCACUGGUAAGGAAGAAUUUCUUGUACAGUAAAAUAUGUCAACUAGA